CUGGUCCCUCAAUUAGUGGAUAGCGCAUUUUCUAAAGUAAGAGUUCAAGAAUUAUAAAGAGGCCAUAGCCAACUCUUCUACGAACCAUUUUUUCUGUGCUACAAUCAACACCGUCUUCUACCAAUUUCUCAAACGUCUCUCCCAAAGUUCUAUUUUUACUACCAAACAUUCACAAUGGCAAUUCAAUCCGUUCAGGUACGCCCUCAAAAGGCUGCCAAUGCCGACGCAAUUGAGACUUUUAUCGAGUCUCUGAUUGGACGAACCGUUUCCACCACAGCCUCCAUGGUGCCUGUUUUCUCUUUCCAAACAACAGAAGAGAAUGUGAACAAAAUCAAAGAGAAAUUUGGCGACGAAGUCAUCGUUGAUGUUGUCUAAAUUAUAUAGAAAUUUGGCAACCAAAUCACUGUUGACACCGUCAACUGUUAAACGAAGAGAUAGCUGUCAUACAAGAACGAGCAGUACUAUCAUUCAUAACAAGAUAAAUAAUAGCUGGAGUUCAACAGAACAGGGUUGAUAGGGAUGUAUUGAGUAACACAGAAACUCUACUAUCAGCAGAUAUAUAAUAGAAACCAUAUAGGAAACUGUACUAAAAAAAACCCACAUAUAUAUAUAUAUCAUAUUCUUGCAGCUCUCGCUGUGCUUCUGCUUUUGCUCCACUUACGUUAUCAUAG